GGGAGAAAACACACACCGAUAUAUCGCACCACUCAUCCCGUAAAAAUAAAUAAAUAAAUAAUUUAAUAAAAUCUCUUUCAAAACUUGACCUAAAGGGCUAAUAUUCAUUGCUCUUUAUCAAUUCUUCACCUCCGUAUUCCAGCAUCUGUCACGGAAAAACUGUAAACCCGAAGUUUUAGAUAAGAUUUUUAUUAUUUUUUUGAGGUGGAAAAUGUCAUAGGGAAUUCCUUGGAGAUCUGUGGUUGAUCGGUUGAUCCAGUUUAAUUUUAAGUUGAUUUUUCUGGUUUUUAUCUCCGAUCCUUCUGUUUUUGCUGUUUUCAGAUUUUGAAUGGAAGGCAUUGAAGUGAGUGGGAUUUGAAUUGCAUGGGUGACGAUGCCAGAGUUGCGUAGCGGAGCACGGAGAUCAAAACGGCUUGGUGAUCUCCAGCCUGCCCCUCAACCCAUUAAUCAAGAAGAAAAUUUUGUUGCACCUACUCAGAAUAGAACCAGGAGGAGAGGAAGAGGCAGAGGCAAUGCAGCGGCUGUAGCAAAAGGGCCUUCUGCUGUAACACCCACAAGGCCUACUGCAGCCGGUAGAGGCAGAGGAAUUCGGCCGAUAGAUCUAGACCCGGAACAGCCUUGUGAAGUUCUUCCUCAAGCAGUUGCCCUUGGGGUCGGGGAACCAGCUUUUAACAGAAUAGAGGGCGUUGCAGAUAAGGAAAUUGCCAUGGAAGGUGGAAGCGCGGACAAAAUAGUGGGAGUUGAAGAAGAAGCGAGUACAACUCCCGUGCCUGAGAGGGUACAAGUGGGUAAUUCUCCUGUGUAUAAGACAGAAAGGAAGUUGGGAAAGGGUGGCUUUGGCCAAGUUUAUGUUGGACGAAGGGUCAGUGGUGGCUCUGAAAGAGCAGGGCCAGAUGCAAUUGAGGUAGCAUUGAAGUUUGAGCAUCGAAAUAGUAAAGGUUGCAAUUAUGGACCUCCAUAUGAGUGGCAGGUGUACAACACAUUGAACGGAUGUUAUGGGAUCCCAUGGGUUCACUACAAGGGUCGUCAAGGAGAUUUUUACAUCCUGGUAAUGGACAUGCUUGGACCCAGUCUCUGGGAUGUUUGGAAUUCACUUGGCCAGUCGAUGUCUCCAAGUAUGGUUGCUUGCAUUGCUGUGGAGGCUAUAUCAAUUCUUGAAAAGCUUCACAUGAAGGGGUUUGUGCAUGGAGAUGUGAAGCCAGAGAACUUUUUACUCGGUCAACCUGGAACUGCUGAUGAGAAGAAGCUGUAUCUCAUUGAUCUUGGUUUGGCAUCUAGGUGGAAAGAUGCAUCAUCUGGUCAGCAUGUUGAGUAUGACCAGAGGCCUGAUAUAUUCAGGGGCACAAUAAGGUAUGCAAGUGUGCAUGCACAUUUGGGUCGUACAGGUAGUAGGAGGGACGAUCUCGAGUCACUGGCCUACACACUUAUAUUUCUCAUUAAAGGAAGGUUACCAUGGCAAGGAUACCAGGGGGACAACAAGAGUUUUCUGGUCUGUAAAAAGAAAAUGGCUACUUCACCUGAGUUGAUGUGUUGCUUUUGCCCAACUCCAUUCAAACAGUUCCUUGAGGCGGUUACAAAUAUGAAGUUCGAUGAGGAGCCAAAUUAUCCUAAGCUGAUAUCCUUUUUUGAAAGUCUUAUUGAACCGUGCAUAUCACUGAGGCCAAUCAGAAUUGAUGGAGCUCUCAAGGUUGGUCAAAAGCGUGGGAGGUUGCUCAUUAAUUUGGAAGAGGAGGAGCAACCAAAAAAGAAAGUUCGACUAGGUAGUCCAGCUACCCAGUGGAUUUCAGCAUAUAAUGCACGUCGCCCCAUGAAACAGAGAUAUCACUACAAUGUUGCGGACUCAAGGCUUCGACAACAUGUGGAGAAGGGUAAUGAAGAUGGUUUGUAUAUUAGCUGUGUGGCAUCGGCCGCAAAUCUGUGGGCUUUAAUCAUGGAUGCCGGGACGGGUUUCAGUUCGCAGGUGUAUGAGCUUUCAUCUGUCUUCCUUCAUAAGGAUUGGAUCAUGGAACAAUGGGAAAAAAGCUAUUAUAUCAGUUCAAUUGCUGGUGCAGCUAAUGGAAGUUCUCUAGUUAUUAUGUCUAAAGGAACUCCUUACACCCAGCAGUCAUAUAAAGUUAGUGAAUCUUUUCCAUUCAAGUGGAUUAAUAAAAAAUGGAAGGAAGGUUUCCAUGUCACGUCAAUGACUACAGCUGGCAGUCGCUGGGGUGUUGUGAUGUCUAGAAAUUCAGGGUACUCUGAGCAGGUUGUAGAGCUUGAUUUUCUGUAUCCAAGCGAGGGAAUACAUCGUCGAUGGGAAAGUGGCUACAGAAUAACGUCCAUGGCUGCUACUGCUGAUCAAGCAGCCUUCAUAUUGAGUAUACCAAGACGUAAAAUGAUGGAUGAGACUCAAGAGACUCUUCGCACAUCUGCCUUCCCUAGUACGCAUGUAAAGGAGAAGUGGUCCAAAAAUCUCUACAUUGCGUCAAUUUGUUAUGGUCGAACUGUAUGCUGAAGCAGGUGGAUACAUUGUAUUUCUGUUGAAGUGAUGGAGAGAUAAUUUUGAAAGCUGGGAUUGUCUGGGUCGGAUGAAGUUUUUCGUUGGGCAAAUUGGCUCUAUUUCCAUUCCAAUUGUCAUGUUUUGUUAUCACUGUAAAAUCUACCUUUUUAGCUUCUGUAAAAGGGACAAAAAAAAAAGAGAUGGACGUCCAGCAAAACAAUACAGAAGAGCUUACCGAGGGACCCUAUGUAUUUUGAUAUUUGCAGAUAUGUUAAGCUGCCAAUGUACUCUAAUUUUAUGCAAUUGACUUGUGAUUUCCAUUAUCAUUUAUUCUAUA